UCAAAUGUCAAGGAGUCAAAAGUCAAAAUAAAAACAUAACCUCAAAAUAAGGGAUGGCUGAUUGUUAGCCAUUUCGAUAUGUGUUUAUAAUUAAGUGCUACUUCCAAUUUCCUGAAAAUUCAAAGCAAUCAUGUAAUGAAGCCUUUCAAUACCAAAUACUGUUAAAUUCACUGAAAACUGAGUAGUCAAAAUGAUCUCUGCUUACAAUGUUUUGCGAAAAGGUGGGCCGGCCUGUAAAUUUUUGGUACGCAAUGUAGGCUCCAAUACAACUACAUAUUCAGCUCCCCCAAGAGAUGCGAAAGUUGUAGUUUGCGGAGGAGGCGUAAUGGGCGCCUCGGUGGCCUACCACCUUGGAAAACUUGGAUGGGGCAACGAAACGGUUCUUGUUGAACAAAACAGGGUUGGUGGUGGUACAACGUGGCAUUCGUCUGGGCUGAUUGGAGUAUUUAAACCAAGUUUGGCACAAGUUAAGAUAACGAAGUCCAGCAUAGAAUUAUACAAGGAGUUAAAUAGUAAGGGAUUAUCAACUGGCUGGAAGCAAUGCGGAAGCUUAAAUCUGGCUAGAACAAAUGAUCGUAUGACCGUAUUUCGAAGAAUGAAAGCCCAGUCGGCGUUUUGGCAAAUAGAUUGCGAGCUUUUGACGCCACAGCAGUGUAAAGAAAAGUGCUCUUUAAUAAAUACUGACGAUAUAGUCGGUGGACUUUGGAUUCCCGGGGAUGGUGUAGGAGACCCGUAUGAAAUAUGUCUAACUGUUGUUAAUGAGGCCAAAAAAAUGGGCGUGAAAGUGGUAGAAAAUUGCACUAUAAAGAAAAUUAACCAGGCGAAUGGAACUGUUUCCAGCAUCGAGACUGAUUUAGGAAAUAUAAAUUGCGAAUAUUUUAUUAACUGUGCGGGAUUUUGGGCGAGGGGCGUCGGACAGCUGUCUGAACCUAACGUAAAAGUACCGUUGCAUGCUGUCGAGCAUCACUAUAUGCACACCAAACCCAUCCCCGGACUGGAUCCUAUGCUACCAGUGGUACGAGAUCAGGACGGAUAUAUUUACUUCAGAGAAAAUAACGGCAGAUUAUUAGCUGGUGGUUUCGAACCCGUUGCCAAACCUGCUUACGAAGACGGAAAAAUACCAGCUAGCAUGAAAGAAAGACAGCUGCCCGAAGAUUGGGACCAUUUCCACGUGUUACUAGAACAACUGUUGCAUAGAGUCCCGAGUUUAAAAGGGGCCAUAUUAGACAGGCUGUGUAACGGUCCCGAAGCUUUCAGCCCCGACUGCAAAUGGAUAGUGGGGGAAGCUGCGGAGAUAAGGAACUAUUUAGUGGCGGCGGGAAUGAAGACAGUCGGAAUAGCGGCGGCGGGAGGGGUAGGGAAAGCCACGGCGGAAAUGAUAGUUAACGGCGAGACACUGUUCGAUAUGUACGAGUUGGAAGUCUCGCGGUUCCUGGGGUUGCACAACAACAGGAAGUUUCUUAGGGAUCGGGUGACGGAGGUUCCCGGGUUGCACUAUGGGCUCACUUAUCCCUUCCAUGAAUUUCAAACAAGUAGAAACUUGAGGAUGUCUCCAGUUUAUCCAAAAUUGAGGGAAGCGGGGGCUGUUUUCGGUCAAGUGAUGGGAUACGAGCGACCCACUUGGUUCGAUCCGGAUUACAUCCAAGAACAGGACAAAAGAGAUUGGUCCGCUCCGUACAGGAUGGCGUACACCAACACUUUCGGAAAACCCCCGUGGUUCGAUUUUGUCGCUAAGGAAUACGCCGCUUGCAGGGAAAGCGUCGGGAUCAGCGAUUACUCGUCUUUUACGAAAAUUGAUUUGUGGUCCAAGAGCAACGAGGUGGUUUACGCUCUGCAGUUCAUAUGCUCAAACGACGUUGACGUGCCCGUCGGGAGUAUCAUUCACACUGGAAUGCAGAAUAAGCACGGAGGUUACGAGAAUGACUGCUCCUUAGCGAGACUCGCCGAAAAUCACUACAUGAUGAUUGCGCCUACCAUCCAACAAACCCGGUGCAAAGUGUGGCUGAAGAAGCAUUUGCCGCCCACCGUCGUGAUAUCCGACGUAACCAGUAUGUUCACGGCGCUGUGCAUCGUGGGGCCGUUUACCCGGAACCUCCUUUCCGAACUGACCGACACCGACUUAAAUCCUAAGAACUUCCCGUUCUUCACCUACAAGCUGCUCGACGUAGGCCUCGCUAACGGUAUAAGAACGAUGAAUCUCACGCACACCGGCGAGCUAGGAUACGUGCUGUAUAUUCCGAACGAGUUCGCUCUGCACGUCUAUUCUAGUAUUAUUCAAGCUGGGGAGAAGUAUGGUUUGAUUCAUGCGGGCCACUACGCGACCAGAGCUUUGAGAGUGGAGAAAUUUUACGCUUUCUGGGGACAGGAUUUAGACACGACGACUACGCCGUUGGAGUGUGGAAGAGUGUGGCGUGUUAAGUUCGACAAAAAAGUGGAUUUCAUCGGCAGAGACGCUCUCUUAAAACAAAGAGACGAAGGGGUCAAAAGGAUGUACCUACAGUUAAUUCUGGAAGAUCAUUGUGCCGAUACCGACUUGUGGCCGUGGGGCGGGGAGCCGAUUUACCGAAACGGCAAAUACGUGGGGAUGACCACCACCACGGGUUACGGGUAUACCUUUAUGAAACAGGUUUGCCUAGGUUUUGUGGAAAAUAUCGACGAGAAGGGGGAACGGCAAAAAGUCACAAACGAGUACAUCACGAGUGGUGAUUUUGAAAUAGAUAUUGCCGGAAUAAAGUAUCCUGCCAAGGCCAAUAUCCAUUCUCCUUUUUUGCCGACGAAACAUCCCGAUCAAGAACGCGACACCUACCAAGCGACCAGGGGAAAGUUGAGUGAGGAAAUCGAUGUCAACCAGAUCAUAAAAACCCUUUGAUUAAGGUUUCUUGCGAAUAUUUAUUUUGUGUUGUAUUCAUUAACUAUUUAUUUAUUAUUAUUGUAAAUAGUAAGUAUAAUAAAUCUUGUGUAAGAAUUACAAGUGUAUAUUUAAGAUGUAAAUAAAU